GAGCAGAGUGUCCAGAGACCUGCAUGUGGUCUGCAGAAUAGAAGGACAUGGCUGGCUGGCAGGACAGGAAUCUGAGGACUGGAGAGAGAUCAGGCAGCUGUGGGGCUCAGGAAACCUUGGAUUGGCAGAUGGCCCAUUCUCGCAGCAGCAACUCUGGGGUCCACUGACCCUGAGCCUGAGAAGGGUGGCCGAGGGGUAGGGGCUUACUGCAGUCCCAACAGUGAUUUCUUCCCCCUAGGUAACUAUGCGUCGUACCAGGUGGUGCUGAGAGCGGUGGGGCAUGGCUGCCACCCUGCAGGUCCUGCCCUGCUUGGCCCGAGCCCCCUUGUACCGGCUCCUCUGGGGGACCCCAGUGGUCCGACGGGCCAGCGGCAUGGCCCUGGCGGCACAGGCGCGGCAGCUUUUCGAGAGCUGUGUGGGUGCUGUGCUGCCGGGCCCCAUGCUGCACCGGACUCUGUCCUUCGAUCCUGAUGGUGGGCAGCUGAAGGUGCGGGACCGGAGUUUCCAGCUGCGGCAGAAUCUCUACCUGGUGGGCUUUGGUAAGGCCGUGCUGGGCAUGGCCGCUGCCGCCGAGGAGCUCCUGGGCCAGCAUCUUGUACAGGGCGUGAUCAGCGUGCCCCGGGGCAUCCGUGCCGCCAUGGAGUGUGCCGGCAAGCAAGAGAUGCUGCUGAAGCCACACAGCCGUAUCCAGGUGUUUGAGGGUGCGGAGAACAACCUGCCAGACCGAGACUCGCUGCGGGCUGCGCUGGCCAUUCGGCAACUGGCAGAGGGGCUCACGGCCGACGACCUGCUGCUCGUGCUCAUCUCAGGCGGGGGCUCGGCCCUAUUGCCUGCCCCCAUCCCGCCCGUCACCCUGGAGGAGAAGCAGACUCUCACCAAACUUUUAGCGGCCCGUGGAGCCACUAUCCAGGAGCUGAACACUAUUCGGAAGGCCCUGUCCCAGCUCAAGGGUGGGGGACUGGCUCAGGCGGCCUACCCUGCCCAGGUCGUGAGCCUGAUUCUGUCCGACGUGGUGGGGGACCCCAUGGAGGUGAUUGCCAGCGGCCCCACCGUGGCCAGCGUCCACAACGUGCAAGACUGCCUCCACAUCCUCAGUCGUUACGGUCUUCGUGCCGCCCUGCCCCGAUCUGUGAAGACCGUGCUGGCUCGGGCCGACUCCGACCCCCACGGGCCACACACCUGUGGUCAUGUGCUCAAUGUAAUCAUCGGCUCCAACGCACUGGCCCUGGCCGAGGCACAGCAGCGGGCUGAGGCCCUGGGAUACCGGGCUGUGGUACUGACUGCAGCCAUGCAAGGUGACGUGAAAAGCGUGGCCCACUUCUAUGGGCUGCUGGCCCGUGCGGCUGGGGCCCGCCUCUCCUUGUCUGGGGCGGGACCCUCCAUGGAGGAGGAUGCUGAACUCCAUGAACUGGUGGCUGAGCUCCAGCUCCCAGACCUGCAGCUGAAGGACGCUCUGGCGGCCGUGGCAGAGGCCAGUGGGCCCAUCUGCUUGCUCUCUGGUGGCGAGCCCACAGUGCAGCUGCAGGGCUCAGGCAAAGGUGGCAGGAACCAAGAACUGGCCCUCCGUGUUGGAGUAGAGUUGGGACAGGGGCCGCGGGGACCUGUGGAUGUGCUCUUUUUGAGCGGUGGCACUGAUGGGCGGGAUGGCCCCACAGAGGCAGCCGGGGCCUGGGUCACACCCGAGCUCGCCAGCCAGGCUGCCGCAGAGGGCCUGGAUGUGUCCACCUACCUAGCCCACAAUGACUCCCAUACCUUUUUCUGCCGCUUCCAGAGUGGGGCCCACCUGUUGCACACAGGAAUGACCGGCACCAAUGUCAUGGACACUCACCUCCUGUUCUUGCGGCCACGGUGAUGGGUGAUGGCAUAGGUUGUGUUUGGGGAGCCCAGAGGAGCCUAUGAAAGCAGAGAGCUGGACUAGGCCUUAUGAGGCCUUAGGACCCCGACUGCUUGGCCCUCCCUCCUCCCACCCAGGACCUGUGCUCCACGUCCAUCCCCCUCACCCACACUGCUCUUAACUUCCUGCUGUGCAGACUGGUACACCUGGGGACUAGGACAGACCCUCUUGGCCAGUUCAUAGCCUUUCCCCUUGUUCAGUCCCUCUGCUGAGCUCUUGAACCUGUUUUCCCUGUGGGUAGACUAAGGACUGAGAAUGAAAACGACAGUGGCCCUGGAGGUAGAGCAGUGGAUAAACACUGGAUUCUCAAGCAUGAGGUCCCUAGCCUCGCCUGUGCCAGAGUAAUGCAUGCUCUGGUGUCUCUCUCAUAAAUAACAUGCGUGCCACUGCCCAGCCCCACUAAAUGAGUAAAUAAAUAUUAGAAAGAAAA